CUGGCGUCGUUUCCGGUAGUGAGUUCCGGGAGGCUGGUGGCGUGAGGUGGAGGAAGGACUGGUGUGUUCAUCAUGGGUUACAGCGGUCUCACCGUCCCCAUCAUUGUCCUCACCGUGUUCUGGGGUGUUGUGGGUGGCGUUGUACCUUGGUUCAUCCCCAAAGGACCAAAUAGAGGUGUCAUUAAUACUAUGCUGGUGACGAGUGCUGUUUGUUGCUAUCUUUUCUGGCUAAUUGCAAUCCUGUCCCAGUUGAAUCCUCUAUUUGGUCCACAGUUAAAAAACGAUACGGUUUGGUACUUGUAUCACCAAUGGCCUUGAAUUCGUCAGCAAAACCAGUUCUGUGGAGAAGAGAGAACGAAAAUACCUAUUUAAAAACUACAAAUGAUUAUUUCUUCUGCGUCUGAGUAACAUAAAACUGGGAACUUUUCCAAACAGCAUGGAUCAAUUUGAAUUCAGCAUUCUGAUUUAUAAUGUGUGAACUGGAAUAGAUGAUACUUGGCAGUUGAAGUAAUAAGACUAACAAGUAUGAAUGUUUAGCAGCAACUUAGUUGUAAUCUAAUUGUGUUUUACAACAAUGAAUUUUGAGCAUAUUUUUUACAACAUUUAUACCAAAGAUUUAAAACAUACUAUAGAACUGACUAGAAAUAAGGUUGUGUAUCAAACAAAUAAUGAUUUUGUGAUAUUUUUGUACCCAUCUAACUGCAUAAUUGCCUUAUGAAAAAGAACCAAUUAAUAUUUUGCAGAUUUUGAUUUUUACUAAAAACCACUUUAAACAUCAGACAAUUUAAUAAACUCUUAACAAUA